AUGAUAAAAAAAAAAUGGGCCCCCAACGAAAGGGUCAUCAGACCCAUCGUCAGCAAAGGAUACAUAAGUCCAAUCAACAUAAAAAAUGUAAAAGAGUUGAAAGAAGAAUUAAAAGAUAAAAUAUACACAAACAUAUACACAUUUAAUACAUUAUGUGAUGGGAUAUACGUUAGCAGAGGGAUCUAUGCAAUUACGGGGAGGAGAAACUGUGGGAAAAGUAGCCUGUGUACACACAUUUGUGUGAAUCUUUUUUUUAACGACGUGUUGCAUUAUUUCCAUCUGUUUUACUCUGCCUUUUUCGACUUUGUACAAUUUUUGGAAAAAAAAAAUGUUGAAAAUAAAUUUUGCUUUCGGACAGCUAAUCGCUUUCGCCAAGUGGGGACAGAGUUCUCCCUGCGCAACAAAAACUUCGCCGACUUUAAGCAGCUGGUGAGAGCCAUCUACGUCGACCUGGACAACAGCUUCUACAUCGAGAGGUACAAAAACAUGAUCCACGCCUCGCUCGAAAAAAUAAAAAAAUUAAUGAACACGUAUAAGGAAUUCUGCUACGAAAGAAAGUGCUCCCUAUUCCUGUUACUACUAGAGGGAGACACACAACUCAAGCAAGUCCUCUCCCCAUUACGAAAGAAAUAUAACGAAUCAUAUGACCCACUCAUGCACAUAUUUAACCUCCAAUUGGAUAAGUAUCUCAAUAGUAUCACCUUCUCAGAUGUGUACAAAAACUUCCAACUUUUAAAAAUAUUUAAUUUUGGAGAGUUGAUCAACGUUGUUAAUUUUAUUAGCAGUGAGUUGCUAAAGUAUGAACAGUCACGGAACAAAUAUUUCAGUAAGUAUGUACCUUCCGAUUUAGGAGUACUUGUAGUGGAUAAUAUAAAAUACGUAUAUAGGGGUGGGUCCUAUGGGAAGAACAAAUGGGACAAGGAACUAAACGAGUUGCUAAAAAGCUUGUCUAAAUUAUCGAUAGAAAAUAAAGUUCAUGUGCUUGUUAAAUUCAUCAACGAAAAAAAACUUUUCGAGUUUUACUUUCCUGCCAAGGGGAAAAGAAAAGUGAGACGUGCCCACGGGAAGGGGAACCCAAACGGGGAUGGUAAUCUAAACGGGGAAGGUACCCGAAAUGGGAAAGGUAUCCAAAAUGGGGAAGGUACCCGAAAUGGGAGCGUCAUCGUCAAUGGGAGCGUGGUCAGGGACGACAACAGCAACCGCAACCUCGGCAGCGACGGGAACGAAAACUCCUCGUCCAGCGAACAGAGCUUUAACGAGCUGUCGGGCAGUCCCCACGCGGUGGGCGCGGGGUACGCUCACGGGGGGGAUGUGGUCGAUGGUAGCGACCCUGCCGGUGGUAGCGAUCCUGCCGAUGGUAGCGAUCCUGCCGAUGGUAGCGAUCCUUCCGAUGAUAGCAACCAUGACGAUGGUAGCAACCCUGCCGAUGAUAACAACCAUGAUGAUGAUAGCAACCCUGACGAUGAUAACAACCAUGACGAUGGUAGCAACCCUGACGAUGAUAGCGACCCUACCGAUGACGAGGAAGAUGCCAAUCACGCCUUCUUCAAAAAGCGAUACAACCUCAGGUACAUAAAAAUAAAAAGGAAGAAACAAAAACCGGAGUUCUGCUUCUUCGAGAUAAACGAGUUCGGGAUCGAGACCAUGCUGGGAUGA